AUGGCUCCACAAACCCAAUCCCAGCAUCCAAACCUCCCUCAGUCUGACUUCUUCUCCAAGUUUGCCAGCGUUUAUAUUCGCCAGACAGGUCGCUCAACCCUCGAUAUUCUUGCGGAUGUAAUUAAAAACCAUGUCCAGACAUCAGCGAGCCCUUUUGGACAAGAAUCGAUUGUUCACGACACAGCCGCGGGCCCUGGUAUUGGUGCUGCCGCGAUUAUCGCCACACUUCCUAAGGACCAGUUACCAAAGAAGAUGCUGGUAACAGAUAACAACGCCAUGAUGGCGUCAGCCGCUGCUGAAUCCCUCGACGCUUCCCCGUUGCCGGACAUCAAUUGCAAACAGCUCGACUCUCAAGACCUCUCAUCCGUGCCGGAUAACUAUUUCAGUCACUCCAUCGACAACUUUAGUAUCUUCACCUUUGUCUCUCCCGUUGAUGCAGUUCGUGAGACACACCGCACUCUGAGCUCAGGAGGCUUGGCAGUUGUAACCUGUUGGCGUCGCUUCGCCCCCAUGUUCAUGAUCCACGCCGCACAGAAGAAAUUACGUCCUGAUCUUCCGUUGAUGCCCGCUCCUGGUCCCGAGUUCUUCGAAGAGGGCGUGCUACAGAGAGUUGUCGAGGAGGGCGGCUUUCCUAGGAACAAUAUCACGAUGAUUGAUAAGGUAUUGCUCGUGACCGAGGAGGAUAACAUCGCUGGCUUAACUAUGCUCAUGUCGGGUCCUAUGAUGUCAAAGGCUCGUGAUGGAUACACCGAGGAAGAGCAGACUAUAUGA